AUGGUCACACGGAUCGAGAACCUGCCUUGGGAAACUUCCUUGCAGCACUUCGAGACAUUUGCUGGGCGCAAAGCUGCUGGGCGGCGUGCGGUUGCACACGAUGUGAGCUACAACGAACGCACGAUGGCUGGUGCCGGGCAGUGGAAUGCUGACCGCACCAGUUUGCUCAUCAUGGAUAUUCAUGUAAAUCGACAGAUACUGGGAAAUCUUGCGAAGUUCAAGCCACCUGUGGAUGAGUUGCCGACAGAUGAGCAGAAGAGGGGAUGGGAGAUGUCGGUGCGCUACACGGACGAGUUUGGCAACAAACGAGUCAACGGCGGUAAGCACCUGAAGGCCUCGCAAGCGUUCGGCAUUGCACUGGCAUCCUUGCGGACCCAGCACGACAAACACGUCAAGGAGCAGGCUUGGGCAGAUCUGCGUGAUGCUAUGAAGCGGCCUUUGAAGGUGCCUGUGGAUUCUAAAGUUUCCAGGAGAUGGGCACAUGGUGCCCAUUUCGACAAAGUUUUUGCAUUCCUGCGACAACAGCAGUAA